AUGCGGUUGUCUAGCUUAACCACAGCGUUGGCCCUCUUCGGCAAUGGAGUCCUCGGACUUGAUGCUGCUGGAUGGCGCGGCCAGUCAAUUUAUUUCAUGCUCACGGACCGCUUUGCGCGAACGGAUGGCUCGACGACUGCUGCUUGCGAUCUUGGAGCGAGGGCGUACUGCGGCGGUACCUGGCAGGGCGUUAUCGACCAGCUCGAUUACAUCCAAGACAUGGGCUUUACAGCGAUCUGGAUUACGCCCAUUACGGAACAGAUUCCCGGAACCACCGGCGAGGGAACAGCGUUCCAUGGCUACUGGCAGAAGAACAUGCAAAGUACAGGACUAACAGGGUCAUAUAGCUACGGCGUCGACUCCCACCUGGGCACAGCCGACGACCUCAAGGCACUCUCCGACGCCCUGCACGACCGCGGCAUGUAUCUCAUGCUCGACGUAGUCCCCAACCACAUGGGCUACGCCGGCCCCGGCGCCUCAACCGAUUUCAGCCAGUUCACGCCCUUCAACUCGGCCUCGUACUUUCAUUCGUAUUGCGCAAUCAACAACUACGACGACCAGUGGCAGGUUGAGAACUGCUACUUGGGGAGCGAUGUGGUUUCGUUGACGGAUGUUAACACGCAGAGUUCAGAGGUGCGGAGUAUUUGGUAUGAGUGGAUUGAGGAUAUAGUUGCGAAUUAUUCUGUGGACGGUCUUCGCAUUGAUACAGCCAAGCACGUCGAGAAAGAUUUCUGGCCUGGCUUCGUCAGUGCUGCGGGCGUGUAUAGUGUUGGUGAGGUCUGGCAUGGUGACCCCGCGUACACCUGCCCUUACCAGAAUUAUAUCCCUGGAGUAAUGAACUACCCCGUAUACUACCCGCUGCUCGAAGCCUUCAAGUCCUCCAGCGGCAGCAUGAGCACCCUCUACAACAUGAUCAACACGGUCUCCUCGAGCUGCAAGGAUCCAACACUGCUUGGAAACAUCAUUGAAAACCAUGAUAAUGCUCGAUUCCCGAGCUACACCUCCGACAUGAGCCAAGCCAAAAGCGUCCUCGCCUUCCUCUUCCUGACCGACGGAAUUCCCAUCGUCUACGCGGGCCAAGAACAGCACUACAGUGGCCAAAACGACCCGUAUAACCGCGAACCAGUCUGGUGGGCUGGAUACAACAAGAAUGCGGAAUUGUAUAAGUUCAUCGCGACGACGAAUGCGGUGCGCAAGUUGGCUAUUGCAAAGGAUUCGAAUUGGCUUACUGCGCGGAACACCCCCUUCUACAACGACGCUCACCACAUCGCCAUGCGCAAGGGCUCCGGAGGCUCGCAGGUGCUCACCCUACUGACAAACUACCUCGACAACACAGCCGCAUACACAUUCGACCUGUACAACCAUGGCUACAGCAACGGGGCUAAUCUCGUCGAGCUCUACACCUGCACCUCGGUAUCCGUGGGCUCCAACGGCGCGAUCCCAGUCCCCAUGACAUCUGGCCUCCCGCGCGUCCUCGUUCCCUCCUCCUGGGUUUCUGGAAGCGGGCUCUGCGGAAGUAGCCCGACGAGCACGACUACGUUGACGACUGUAACGAGCACCACGACGAGCGCGUGUGCGUCGGCGACUGCCACUGCGCUGAGCGUGACAUUCAACGAGCGCGUGACGACGGCCUAUGGCGAUAGUGUCCUGCUGGUGGGAUCGAUCUCGCAGCUCGGGAACUGGGAUACGACUAAGGGGGUUGCGCUUUCUGCUGCGCAGUAUACCUCGUCCAAUCCGUUGUGGACGGUUACGGUUGAGCUGCCGGUGGGAACCUCGUUCGAGUAUAAGUUUGUCAAGAAGUUGGCGAGUGGCUCGAUUGUCUGGGAGAGUGACCCCAACCGCUCGGGUAAGGUGGAACAGGGGUGUGAGGGGGCGACACAGGUUGUUGAUAGUUCGUGGAGGUGA